GCGGGAAUCGCACCGUGUAAUGCAGCGCGUGUGCGGGGGGACGGGGGGAGGGAUGUUUGCAGUUUGCACACGGCGCCCUGGUGUCUGCGGGGCGAGCCCCGCGCAAUGCACUCCGGAGGCCUUUGCACGCAGCUCUGGGCGGGGGCACCCCCGAGCGUUGUGCAAGGCACUCGGCACGGCCGGCUUUGCACGCGGCGCGCGGCUCGGGGCGGGGGCACCCCCGAGCGUCGUGCAAUCCCGCAACGCGGCUCGUGCUGCGAUAGGAGCCGCCAGCAGCCCCCAGCUCUGUUCGCUGCUUCGGGGCCCGUGUGCACGGCGGGCGGGGGCGGGGGUUGCGCUCGCUCCCACGCCUCCGCCGGGAUAAAUAGGAGGCGUCGGGCAGCUCCGCUCCCACCCUCGCCGCGCCUCCGCUCCGCUCCGCUCCGCUGGACCGAGCAGCCACCGCAGCCCCCGGGGAGCGAUGGAUCCUCAGGACUGUCUUUGUGUUGCCGGUCGCUCCUGUACCUGUGCUGAUUCCUGCAAAUGCAAAAAUUGCAAGUGCACCUCUUGCAAAAACAGUUGUUGCUCCUGUUGCCCAGCUGGAUGCAAUAAUUGUGCCAAGGGCUGUGUCUGCAAAGGUCUAGCAUCUGGGAAAUGCAGCUGCUGUUCCUAAAAUGGCUAUUUUCUGUUUUCCUGUAAAUAUUCUGUAUGAAAGGCAAAACAAAUUUUGUUUGUAGUGUAGCAAUGACUAUUUAGUACCUUUCACAGAAAUGUCGAUUUGAGGUUAAAUGAAAAUAAAGGCCAUGACUGGAGAAAUGUAA